UCGGGGGAGGGACUAGAGGAGGUCUUUGCGCAUAGCUGACGUAAUCAGCCCGCGCCAGCAGUGGCCCGGGCUGUGGAGAAACACGUUUCCGGCGGGCCUCAACUCUGACCUACCAUGGCGGCCCGCAUACAGCAGUCUCCUCAGCCUGGCGGCGGGAAGCGUAAAGGCAAGGCUCAGUAUGUGCAGGCCAAGCGGGCUCGGCGCUGGGAUGGCGGUGGGCCCCGCCAGCUGGAGCCCGGGAUUCAGGGCAUUCUCAUCACCUGUAACAUGAACGAGCGCAAGUGCGUGGAGGAGGCCUAUAGCCUGCUCAACGAAUACGGCGACGACAUGUAUGGACCAGAAAAGCAGUUUGCAGACAAGGAUCAACAACCCUCUGGAAGUGAGGGAGAAGAUGAUGAUGUGGAAGCUGCCUUGAAGAAAGAAGUUGGUGACAUUAAGGCAUCCACUGAGAUGAGGCUAAGAAGAUUCCAGUCAGUGGAGAGUGGAGCAAAUAAUGUAGUCUUCAUCAGGACACUUGGGAUAGAACCUGAGAAAUUGGUGCAUCAUAUUCUCCAAGAUAUAUACAAAACCAAGAAGAAGAAGACUCGGGUUAUUCUACGAAUGUUGCCCAUCUCAGGCACAUGCAAGGCUUUCUUAGAAGAUAUGAAAAAAUAUGCAGAAACAUUUUUGGAACCAUGGUUUAAAGCUCCAAACAAAGGAACAUUUCAGAUUGUAUACAAAUCUCGGAAUAACAGUCAUAUGAAUAGAGAAGAAGUUAUCAAAGAAUUGGCAGGAAUAGUAGGCAGCCUCAAUUCAGAAAAUAAAGUGGAUCUUACCAAUCCACAGUACACAGUGGUAGUAGAAAUCAUUAAAGCUGUCUGUUGCCUGAGUGUUGUGAAAGAUUACAUGUUGUUCAGAAAAUACAAUCUCCAGGAGGUGGUCAAGAGUGCUAAGGACUUGUCACAGCUUAACCCAAAGCAGGCAGCACAAACAGGAAAUGGGAAAGAAGCUAAAUUGGAAUCUGGUGACAAAUCAAGUCAAAGUGACCCAGCAGAAGGGAAAAAUAACCAACAAGUGGUACCAGAGAACAGUGAGGAGCUGGGUCCAACAGAAUCAAUAUCUGAGACACAUGUGGUGAAUGAAGGGGUGGCUAAACCUGAACUUGCAAGUCAAGUCACAGAAGGAUCUGAAUCAAAUGCAAAUGAUCUCUGAUAGGAAAAGAAAUUGUUUGGUGUUGGAGGUAGAUUUUUCUUUUUUUUUUGGAGGUGGAUUUUUCAACUGGAGUUUUGUGAGAUGUUGCUGGGAUUCCAUAUAAAAUUGUGACUAAAAAUACUGUUUUUGAUAUUGUGUUCUCCAUAAGUGUUCACUCACAGUAGUGGAGCAGCUCUGUUAGUAGUUUUGUUAGAGGCCUUUCAGCCCUAUGUGGCAGUGUGCAGCAGGCCCACGUGCAUUUGGUUGGGUUAGAAGAGACUUUGGAUAAAUUGGUGAACACUAUUGCAGAGGGCAGAGGGUGGUAGGGGAAUGAUGUUGGCCUCUCCUUCAUGAUUACCUUCCCCACUAUCCCCUUCUGCACUACCAGCUGACUUACAGGAAUGAACAGGCUCUGUGAAAUCAAAACUGAAGAGGGAAAUUUCCAUUCUAAGAAAGGAAUUUUUGUGUAUUGCAACUCAGUUGUCCCCUGCCACUUUGUUGUAAACAUUGGACAAAUAUGGGUUGUAUAGGUUAGAAGUGAAUUGUUUUGUGAAUUUUUUUACUUUUGGGGAUUUUUCUUGUUUUGUUUUUAUCCACUCCCCGCCUCCCUUUUUUUUUUGACAGUACCAUAGGGCAUGUGGGAUCUUAGUUCCCAGACCAGGGAUCCUACCCAUAGCCCCUACAGUGGAAGUUAUGCUCAUUUUUAUGUUUUAAUAACAUUUGUUACAAACAUAUCUGAUGGUGCAGUGGUGCAAUUUUUGAAGGCAAGUUUUGAAAGAAAAAUGUUCCAUUCUAGGCAUAGAAUUACAGACAUUUCUGAUAAGGUUGGUUAUAAAGAAUGUGUCUUCUGAGUCACUGCAGUCUACUAGUGCAGCAGGGACUCAAAAGCUUUAUACUGUAAGCUACUUUACAAUGUAAAGGGAUAUAUAAUCCAAGCUGUUCCAUUCCAUUGUAUAUCCUUUGUGAAAUGCAACUUACAAACUGAACAUUUGUUUUAGCAGUUGUAACUAUAAAGCAUAGUCCCUUGACAAAUAAAGAUUAUUUUAAUGGCUUUGGAAUACCAGGACAGUAAACCUUUUGUUCAAAAAAACCGUAUCCAAUGAAAAGGUUUAGAAAGCAAAUUAUUUAGUGGUAGAAUUUUUUCCAGAAAAGAAAAAUUCGAAUAAUUGAUAAGAAUCUAAUAAUACCAACAUUUAGCUAGAUCAAGGAGUACAAGAAAUUGAAAAGACUUUACUGUCAGUAUAAUAAAUUGACUUACUUAAUGCUAAAGAGGUUUUGUAUAAAAGCAGCAGCUUCUCUGUGUGAGCUGAUGAAUCAACAGAUUUCAUGAAUAUUUGUCAUGCUGUAGCAUUUGUAAAUGAUCAGGAAAUUCAAGAAAACUUUAAGUUGCUAGGAGCCUCUCCAAACAGUGGUCAUUAAAAUUUACUAGGUCUUCAUAUCUGAAAACCCAGUGAUCUGUCAUCUGUACUCCUAGUUCCCCAUCAGUGGCUGGCUCCAUGACAAAUUCUGCAUCACUUUAUUAAAAGACUAUCCUAUGACUUUGGUAAUUACAGCACAUUGCUUUCUUCACAAUGUGAAGAAAAAGCUUGGAGGUGAAGAAAGUUCUAAAUAAUGCUACAAAAGUGGUUAAAGAUACAUUUAUGUGUUUAAAACAAAAGAACCAACUAAAACCUGAAUGAAGAGCAUGUAAAUCUCUUACAUACAGAAAUCCAAUGCUUAUCUGAGGAAGAGUUAGCCACAGGAUAUUUGAGCUGAAAGGUGAAUUACCAGUAAGUUCUAAGUACAAGAAAACACUAGGCCAGAUUUUGCUAAAUGCUUUGAAGAUGAAGAAUGGUCUCAUUAGUCAUUUUUUCAUUGCAAGAACAAAUGAGCUGUUUUUAUGAGGGCCUGGAGAAAAAUAUUUUUUUCUUUAAAGUGACGGGAGUCUUGGAUUAAAAGAAACUGACUCUUUGGAAUAAUUAUGUUGAAUAAGGCACUCUUGGUUUCCACAGACACUUGGAUUUGAGAAUGAAGAAAGCAACGUCUCAAGCCUUAUUUAAACUCUCCUUGAAGAAUUGCAAAACCAAAUUAAAUAGCAUUUCCCCUCCUUUUCCCAACACUAUGUGACUGGGUGAGGAACCCUUUCUCAAAAUCUCAGCUUGAGAUUUUGUCAUUGAGAGAAUAAGAAGAACUGAGAGUCCUAUUCUCACGGUUGUGGAUUUCUGUGAAACAUGAGUAUCCUUCAACUUGGUGCUCACACACACAAUACUUGGAAAGUUUUUUCAGGGGUUCCUCCGGGGUAAAACUGAAAAAAGAAGAGAGAUAACAAAGAGGAUUGCAAAAUAAAAUAUCUGAAUUGAGAAUACUGAGGGGUUGUGAAAUUAGCUUUUGGAGUUGGAUUUAUUUUUUAACAAGUUUGGCAGUAUAAAUGUUAAGUCUUCUUGCACCAAUGGCUGUAGUUGUUUAUUGGCUAGUGAACAUGGAAAUAAUUUUUAUCCUUCUAAUGAUUCUGCUGGUUAAUUCUUCAAACCAGAAGAAUUUGGGAUGGGGCAAAGAGAAUAGCUUCCCAGGUGGCUCAGUGGCAAAGAAUCCACCUGCCAAUGCAGGAGGCACAGUAGGCGCCAGGUUCAAUCCCUGGGUCAGGAAUAUCCCCUGGAGAAGGAAAUGGCGAAUCACGCUAAUAUUCUUGCCUGGAGAAUUCCAUGGACUGGGGAGCCUGGUGGGCUAUGGUCCAUGGGAUUGCAAAGAGUCAGAGAUGAAUGAACAGGCCAACCCCUGCUAUGUGAAUAGAAAGGACCUUGCUAAUGCAGAUGAGGCUGGUGCUUCCUUAUAUAUCUUUGGAAUGUUAACUCUUAAUAAGUUGAAGUUAUCUUGAAAGGAUGAUAAAAGCAUUCUAAGUAUCAUUGGGGGAAUGUGAAUAAUAGGAUUUUGGUGCCUUCCGACUUGCCAAGACAAAGAUACUUUUAUUUUGAUAGUACAAGACUUGGGGAAUAAAAUUGGCUGUAGGCAUACAAUUGUAUGGAACUAGUUUCGUUUUAUUUUGUGAAAGCUGCUACUCUACAUAAAGAUUUUGAUUUAGUAGUUUGUUUUAAUCCCCUUUUAUGUUUGUAUUUGGUAAGGCCUAAGUGUGACAAAAGCUCUUCUGCAAAUACGAGGUAGUACUGUGUUCUGUUGCAAUCUGAGUUCAUUUAUUGAAAGAUUUUAUUUUCAAGUUUACCAAUUGUUUAUUUCCACUAACGUUUGAGCAUAUUAUUUUAUAUAUAAUGGGAUUCCAGGGUGGGAAUGGAGUGCUUUUUCUCUUUUAAUUUUUAUUUUAAAAAAUUAGUUAAACUCCAGUGUUGUGGUUUAGUGAACUUGUUUUGCUUUAUGGAGGAAAGUGUUAAAUUUGAUAUUUUAAAACAUAUUUCUCUAUGAUUAAAUAUGAUUUCUGAAUGUUGUUUUUACUUGUAUUUUGCUUUUGCUAUGGCCAGAUAUUCAGCUUUUUUUUUUUUGAUAGUUCCUAAUGUUUUCAGAAAAAUAAAAUUAGUUCCCUAAA